GAGAGUCCGGGCAGGGGGAUCAAACCGCGCGGGGACGGAGUAGUACAUGCUCCCUCUUGGAAAGUAAACAGGACAUAUAGGCUGCUAUUAUAACACGUCGUAAGAGUGAAGAUGGUGAAGAUGAUGAAGAAUGUUUGCGCUGAAGGAGGUCAUCCCGGAAAAUACAAGCUGUGGUAGAUUAUUAUAUUUGGACUAUACCAUACUAAAACUAAAAAUUGAACCGGCGUUUUUAAUUUUCAAUAAGCAAGGAAUGGCGAAAUUUGCAUCGGAACGAGGUAGAACUGGACAAACCAUCGGACGAGAGGAAAGAAGACACUGAAUGAAGACCUGGCUGGCGGGAAGGAGCGGCAGACGUGUGACAAGUCUUUUAUUUUUCCUUUUUCCUUUUUUUAAGCCGUUGUGCUCCAGUAUUGCGGCUAAUGAGAUCGUCUUAGGAGGGGGGUGGCUGGACCACAGUACUGUCUGAAGGGAAGGAAACGAGAGGGGGGAAGGCCUGCGUUUUUUGCGAGGGAGCCCCAGCGUGUAUGUUUGUAAUUUACAGUUGCGCUCGCUCACAGGGACCAUGUGGUUUACACUGAGGAGAAGCCAUCUCCCCUCACAGGACUGGCAAGGUGCCCGCGGCUGGACCAGUCUCAAUGCGACAGUGUCCUUGUGGAUAUUAACUUUCUGCUGGUUCUCCGGGGCCACGCGAGGACAAAACUACCACCCCACUGUGAACACGCAGUAUGGGAAACUGCGGGGGGUGAGGGUGCCCCUGCCUAGCGAGAUCCUGGGGCCUGUGGACCAAUAUCUGGGGGUGCCAUAUGCUGCCUCCCCGGUGGGGGAGAAGCGCUUUCUGCCCCCCGAGCCCCCUUCCUCCUGGUCCGGGAUCAAGAAUGCCACACACUUCGCCCCCGUCUGCCCGCAAAACAUUCACAACGCAGUGCCAGAGAUCAUGAUGCCCAUAUGGUUCACCUUUAACCUGGAUAUAGUUGCCACGUAUAUACAGGAUCAAAACGAAGACUGCCUGUAUCUAAACAUCUAUGUUCCCACUGAGGAUGUCAAAAGGAUAUCCAAGGAAUGUGCCAGGAAACCCAACAAGAAAAUGUGUAGAAAAGGAGGCACCAAUGCAAAAAAACAGGGCGAGGAUUUAUCCGAUAACGACGGUGAUGAAGACGAAGACAUCCGAGACACCGGGGCCAAGCCCGUGAUGGUCUACAUCCACGGGGGAUCCUACAUGGAGGGGACGGGCAACAUGAUCGAUGGCAGCGUUCUGGCCAGCUACGGGAACGUCAUCGUGAUCACUCUCAACUACCGCGUCGGCGUCCUGGGCCUGUUCCAUCGAGCCAUCAUCCAGAGCGGUUCGGCCCUGUCUAGCUGGGCGGUGAACUACCAGCCGGUCAAAUACACCCGUCAUCUGGCGGAGAAAGUGGGCUGCAACGUCCUGGACACGAUGGACAUGGUGGACUGCCUGCGGAAGAAAGGCUGGCGGGAGCUGGUGGAGCAGGACAUCCAGCCCGCGCGCUACCACGUGGCGUUCGGGCCGGUGAUCGACGGCGACGUCAUCCCCGACGACCCGGAGAUCCUCAUGGAGCAGGGCGAGUUCCUCAACUACGACAUCAUGCUGGGCGUCAACCAGGGCGAGGGCCUGCGCUUCGUGGAGAACGUGGUCGACUCCGAGGACGGCGUGUCGGGCAACGACUUUGACUUCUCCGUGUCGGACUUCGUGGACAGCCUGUACGGGUACCCCGAGGGCAAGGACACCCUGCGGGAGACCAUCAAAUUCAUGUACACGGACUGGGCCGACCGGGACAACCCCGAGACGCGGCGCAAGACCCUGGUGGCGCUCUUCACCGACCACCAGUGGGUGGAGCCGUCGGUGGUGACGGCGGAUCUGCACGCCCGCUACGGCUCGCCCACCUACUUCUACGCCUUCUACCACCACUGCCAGAGCCUGAUGAAGCCGGCGUGGUCGGACGCGGCGCACGGCGACGAGAUCCCCUACGUGUUCGGGAUCCCCAUGCUGGGCGCCACCGACCUCUUCCCCUGCAACUUCUCCAAGAACGACGUCAUGCUCAGCGCCGUGGUUAUGACCUACUGGACCAACUUCGCCAAGACCGGAGACCCCAACAAGCCGGUGCCCCAGGACACCAAGUUCAUCCACACCAAGGCGAACCGCUUCGAGGAGGUGGCCUGGUCCAAGUACAGCCCCCAGGACCAGCUGUACCUGCACAUCGGCCUGAAGCCGCGCGUGCGCGACCACUACCGCGCCACCAAAGUGGCCUUCUGGAAGCACCUGGUGCCCGAGCUGUACAACAUCAACGACAUGUUCCACUACACCUCCACCACCACCAAAGUGCCGCCGCCCGAGACCACCCAGAACACCCUGUCCACCAAGCGGACCGCCUGGCCCUUCAACACCAAGCGGCCCCCCAUGUCGCCGGCCUACAACAGCGAGGACAAGGACGGCUGGAGCGAGGAGGGCGAGGAGCCCGGCCCCCUGGUGGUGGAGAACCCGCGGGACUACUCCACCGAGCUCAGCGUCACCAUCGCCGUCGGCGCCUCGCUGCUCUUCCUCAACGUGCUGGCCUUCGCCGCGCUCUACUACCGCAAGGACAAGCGGCGGCAGGACUCUGGCCGCGGGCCGCCCAGCCCCCAGGGGCGGCAGGGCGGCGGGGCCAACGACAUGGGCCACCACGGGCCGGAGGAGGAGAUCAUGUCGCUGCAGAUGAACCAGAGCCACCACGAGUGCGAGGUGCAGGGGGGCAACGGCAACAGCGAGGCGUCCCUGCGGCUGGCCUCCCUGCCCGACUACACGCUCACCCUGCGGCGCUCGCCCGACGACAUCCCCCUGAUGACGCCCAACACCAUCACCAUGAUCCCCAACUCGCUGGUGGGCAUGCCCAACCUGCACCCCUACAACACCUUCACGGCCGGCUUCAACUCCACGGGCCUCCCCCACUCCCACUCCACCACGCGGGUAUAGCUUUAAACGGAAGGGCGGAGGGCGGAGCGGGAGCUGGAGGAGGAGGAGGAGGAGGAGGAGGAG